GCUCUGACGAACGCCAUAACCAUGUCGCAUCCCACCAGUGAACUGACCCUGGAAAGUCCGUCUGGUGAUCCAUGAGAAGGGUCUGGUCUGUGAGGAGAGGGAUGUCAGUUUGCCGCUGCAGGAGCACAAAGAACCCUGGUUCAUGAGAUUAAACCUGGGCGAAGAGGUGCCCGUCUUCCUCCACGGAGACACCAUCAUCAGCGACUACAACCAGAUUAUAGAUUACAUGGAGAAGAACUUUGUGGGAGACACGGUGGCUCAGCUGGUUCCUGAUGUGGACUCGCCUCUGUCCGAGCGUGUGCAGCAGUACCGUCAGCUGCUGGAUGGACUGCCAAUGGACGCUUACACACACGGCUGCAUCCUCCACCCAGAGCUCACCACUGACUCUAUGAUCCCAAAGUACGCCACCGCAGAAAUACGUAGACACUUGGCUAACGCUGCCACUGAGCUGAUGAAGUUGGACCAUGAGGAGCCUCAGCUGACAGAACCUUACCUGUCCAAGCAGAAGAAACUAAUGACAAAAAUCUUGGACCAUGAUAAUGUGAACAACCUGAAGAAAAUUCUGGGGGAGUUAGCCAUGGUUCUGGAUCAGGUGGAGGCAGAGCUGGAGAAAAGGAAACUGGAGUAUCAAGGUCAGAAGUGUGAGUUGUGGCUUUGUGGACCUGAAUUUACACUAGCUGAUAUCUGCCUUGGAGCCUUGUUGCACAGGCUCAAGUUCUUGGGACUUUCUAAGAAAUACUGGGAGGACGGCAGCCGACCCAACCUGCAGUCCUUUUUUGUGCGAGUGCAAAAACGCUAUGCUUUCCGAAAGGUCUUGGGCGAUAUCCACACAACCUUGCUGUCUGCAGUCCUACCCAACGCCUUCCGAAUGGUAAAAAAGAAGCCGCCAUCUUUCUUUGGAGCAUCUUUUCUCAUGGGCUCACUGGGCGGGAUGGGCUACUUUGCCUACUGGUAUUUAAAAAAGAAAUACAUGUAGUGAAUGCUCUGUUGUUGUGUUAAAUGUCUGUGUAUUUGUGUGAUGCUUCAACUUUUCUGUAAUGUUUUAUGACUGCAGGAAAAUAUAUUGAAUCUAUAUAGAGAA